CCAUCUUCUCUUUCUCUACCCUCUUUUCUUGUUCUUUACUAUUAUUAUUCACCACCCCACAUUCAUUCUUCAAACAAACAAACAUGGCUGAGGAGGCUCCAAAGCAAACAAGCACAACACAAGAGUCAGUGGUGCAAGUGGAGGAAGUGGUGGUAACUCAUGUUCCUCAACCUGACAAAACCCCCACUGUAGAGAAAGAUCCUCAACCUGAGCCAGAGAAGAAGAAGCCCGUUGAGGAAACUGUGACUCUUGAGACUCACCUGUCCAAACCCAAUAGUGACGACACCAACAAUGAUGACAAAAUCCCCGAAUCUUGUUCCUUCAAGGAAGAAAGUACCAAACUUUCUGACCUCCCCGAGAAUGAAAACAAGUCACUCCAAGAGCUCAAACACCUCAUUCAAGAAGCACUCAACAAGCACGAGUUUUCUUCCCCUAACAAUCCACCCAAAGAAGAAAAGCCACCAGCUUUAACUGCAGACAAGGAAGGGAAAGAGCCCCAUGAGGAACAAGUUCCUGAACCGGUUGAAACUGUUGCAGCCACAGCAGAAGAACCUGUACAAAAAACUGAGGAGGAGCAAGUUGCCAAACAAACAGAAGAAGAAGAAGGAGAGAAGAAAGAAGAAGUGAAAGAAACUGAGGUUGCUAAUGCUGAUGCUGAUGCUGCUCCAUCUGUGGAUGAUGAUGGAGCAAAAACUGUGGAGGCCAUUGAAGAGACCGUUGUUGCUGUCUCUUCUUCUGUUCCUACAGAGGAGCCUCCAUCUACAGAGAAAGCUUCUGAAACAGAAGCAAAGGAUGAAGCUUCAGUUCCAUUGCCACCUGAAGAAGUAUCCAUUUGGGGGAUACCGCUGCUUAAAGAUGACAGGAGCGAUGUGAUUCUGUUGAAGUUUCUGCGUGCCAGAGACUUCAAGGUGAAGGAGGCAUUCACCAUGAUCAAGAACACAAUCCGGUGGAGGAAGGAAUUUGGAAUGGAAGAGUUGAUGGAGGAGAAGCUCGGUGAUGAGUUGGAGAAAGUGGUGUUCAUGCAUGGAUUCGACAAGGAGGGCCACCCUGUGUGUUACAACAUAUAUGGAGAGUUCCAGAACAAGGAGUUGUACAAGAAGACUUUUUCUGAUGAGGAGAAGAGAGAAAAAUUCCUGAGAUGGAGAAUUCAGUUCCUUGAGAAGAGUAUAAGGAAGUUGGAUUUCAACCCUGGUGGCAUUUGCACCAUCGUUCAAGUCAAUGAUCUCAAGAACUCUCCUGGACCUGGCAAGUGGGAACUUAGACAAGCCACCAAACACGCUCUUCAAUUGCUUCAGGACAAUUAUCCUGAAUUUGUGGCCAAACAGGUAUUUAUCAAUGUGCCAUGGUGGUACCUGGCAGUGAAUAGGAUGAUAAGCCCUUUCCUUACUCAGAGAACCAAAAGCAAGUUUGUCUUUGCUGGGCCUUCCAAAUCAACUGAGACCCUUUUGAGAUACAUAGCUCCGGAGCAGCUUCCGGUAAAAUAUGGUGGCCUAAGCAAAGAUGGAGAAUUCGGAAAUACCGAUGCUGUUACAGAAAUCACAGUAAGGCCAGCAGCAAAACAUACCGUGGAGUUUUCUGUUACUGAGAACUGCUUACUCUCUUGGGAGCUGAGAGUAAUAGGGUGGGAAGUAAGCUAUGGUGCAGAAUUUGUGCCUAGUUCAGAAGGAAGCUAUACAGUAAUUGUGCAAAAGGCUAGAAAGGUUGCAUCAUCAGAAGAACCAGUGCUAUGCAACAGUUUUAAAGUAGGUGAACCGGGGAAAGUUGUUCUCACCAUUGACAAUCAAAGUUCUAAGAAGAAGAAGCUCUUGUACCGUUUGAAGACCAAGCCUUCCCCCUCUGACUGAAAACAUCAUUAUGUGCAAGCGGGAGGGACAAAAACAGUACCAGAGCUUCAAAGAUGAACUUUCCUGCUGUUCAUAUAUGAAUAUAAAUAGUUUUUCUUUUCUUUUUUAUUUUUAUUUUAAUGAUUAUUAUGUGUUCAAUCAUGUUAUAUAAUUAUAUAUACUCUUUCGUGUCUUUCUUGCAAUUAUUUAUUGGUGUUGUUAUCACUAAGAUAAAUGUCAAUGUCCUUUUUUUGAAU